GCUUCACGUCUCCAAACUCCAUUCUCCGCAGCCUUGCUACAAAAACUGUCCCUCUCCAAGCUUAGUGGUGUUGCCAACAAGAAGAGGAAUUAACUCAUUAAGAAGAACACGGUGAUAUAUCGUCGUGGUUCUUGCUUUUCUAGCUAGCUUCGGCGGUUCGGCCCCAUCGAGCCAUGGGGGAUCUUCGGCCGGAGGAAGGCGGCGGCGGCGCCGUGUCGCUGCCGGUGAUCGACCUCUCCCUCGGCCGCGACGAGGUCAGCCGCGCCGUGCUCCACGCCGGCAAGGACAUCGGCUUCUUCCAGGUGAUCAACCAUGGCGUCCCCGGGGACGCGAUCCGGGGCAUGGAGGCGCUGUGCGAGGAGUACUUCGCGAUGCCGGAGGAGGACAGGAUGGGGUUCUACUCGGAGGACAACGCCAAGGCCAACCGCUUCUUCUCCGGCAGCACCUACGACACCGGCGGCGCCAAGCUCUUCUUGUUCGACUGCCUCCGCCUCUCCUCCCCCUUCCCCAUCGACGACGACAGCAAGAACAACUGGCCCCACAAGCCUCAGACCCUCCGAUCUGAUGCUGCACGUAGGGAUGUCGUAGAGAGGUUCACGGUGCCGACGAGAGCCAUGGCGAUGGAGUUGCUCCGUUUGUUGUGCGAGGCCAUGGGGCUCCCGUCCGACUACUUCGAGGGGGGCUUGGGGACCGGCAACAUGACCAUGACCCUCAACCGCUACCCGGCAUGCCCGGACCCUGGCACGAUGAUGGGGUUGCCGCCGCAUUGCGACCGGAACCUCCUUAGCCUCCUCCUCCCUAGCGCUGUCCCUGGCCUCCAGUUCUCCCACAAAGGAAAAUGGACCGAUGUCGUUACUCUACCAAACGCCUAUAUUGUCAACUUCGGCCUCCCGCUCGAGGUAGUGACGAACGGGGUGCUGAAGAGCAUCGAGCACCGGGUGGUGACGAACCCGACACGAACGCGGAUGUCUGUCGGGGUGUUCAUCACGCCAACCCCAAACUGCCUCAUAGGCCCCGCCGAGGAGUUCCUUGGUGAGGAGAAUCCAGCACGAUACCACGCCGUCACGUUCAACGAAUUUUACCGCCUGCACAGCAUCGUUAAGCACGGGUUGUCCAGCGUCCUCACCAUCAACCGCCAUGAGAACAUUGGUAAGGAGAUGCUAUGAGUGAAGGGCCUGCAGCUACAGAUGUACGGUGAUAUGAUGAAGAUUUUAUAGGAUCAAUUGCUGCCAAUAAAGGCUAAGAGCACAGUUACAUAAGCAAUGUUGGUUAUUGUUUUCUUUGAUCGAUCGCUGGACUUAAUUAAACAGUGACAAAACUGCGAUUGCCGAAUAUAUUCAAUCUCCAUGAUAUCAUGCACGAAUA